CCGCUAACUAGAAAAAAUAUCUCCGGCAAAAACACAUGAAAUGGAGUAAGGAAACUUAACGGGUUACACAGAACGCUUUCUCGACCCGCCAUCAUUUACCUGCGCGGACGUCCAGGAGUAUGUGGUGUCAACAUUUUUUUCUAUCUGUUCAGGAUCUUCGCCUCAAAUCCCGUGUCCGUCGUUUUUACCCACAGUAAGUGUUUGAACUGGUGUGUGUUCAAACCUUGCUGCAGGAUAUACCUACACGCCUGCGUCAGUGCUGUCAUUGCAGGGACUAAGACAGAUUCAAGAAUGCAAGAGGUGACCCUCAGGGACGGUUAAGCUGACCACGUGACUCCAAGUUAGGGUCAGGCUGAUCACGUGACACAGAGUUAAGCUGACCACGACUGAGAUUAGAACCUACAUCACGUCCUCCGUCAUACAGUAUUAGAGGUUCUAUGCACGUGUCUAGUGGACGCCAGGAUGGACAUAGAACUAGCCGAUGAAUUAAGUAUAGACCCCUCCGUCUGGGAUGAGACAGAUACCGGGAGUGACUUCGCCACCCGGAAGCAAGGCUCGGGCGCCAACAGCCGCAAGAGAGACCGCGACAACCCGUGCUCACCCUCCGACUCUAGCAGCUCAAACUUGGACGAGCCGUCGGAGAAAAAAUCCCGGAGCGGUAAGAAGUCGACCAAACGACGGAAGGGCGUCAGUGCCAGAGAGAGGAACCUCCGGCGUCUAGAGAGCAAUGAACGAGAGCGCAUGCGCAUGCACUCGUUGAACGACGCCUUCCAGGGCCUGCGUGAAGUGAUACCCCACGUGAACUUAGACAGAAAACUUUCCAAGAUCGAAACCUUGACCCUGGCCAAAAACUACAUCAAAGCAUUAUCCAACGUCAUCUGCAACAUGCGGGGCGAGACGCCCCCCUACAAGUUCGACGACCCGCCCCCAUCGACCGAGGACUGGGACGAGGACAUUAACGUGGAGGGCAUCCACCAAGCCUCCAACAGCGGUAUCAGCAGCGCCUGCAGCCUCUUAGACUCCCUCUAGACGACUCGAACCUCCUCUAUCAGCCUCCAUCGGUCUCAACUGCAAUAUACCAAAACAUGAGUAGUCGUGCUUCAUUUUAUUUACAUCCAUCAAGUAGUCGUGCUACAUUUUAUUUAUUUCACUUCACGUUAUUCAAAAAGAUCAUCCCAUUUACAUUGGACGACAACUUGACGGCAUUCAUCAUUCUCGUCAUUCAUUUAGGAUUUUCAAAUUUCAGUUGUGGAUAAUGAAAGUUUUGUGAUGUGUGACGUUAUGUGACAGUUGGCUGGCAUGU